AUGCAGCUGCUGCAGAGUGCACCUGACUAUGUUACGGCACAGGUGGAAGAGUUUGCCAGCUCGCGUCAGGACUCGCAAGAAACCAGACUUAAAAGCAUAGAAUCGAACGUGUCAACUUAUCAGGAACAAUUUAGCCGCAUACACACGCUCGAAUGUACUAUUGACAAAAUGGAACAACAGGCAAGAUCGAGCAACCUGGAGAUAUGUAACAUACCAGAGAAACGGGGCGAAAAUCUACUUAAUAUACUGAAUGUUAUCGGAGCUGCCAUAAGAAUCACAUUCGCACCCAGUGAUAUCGUGUCAAUCCACCGGGUUCCGCACGCCAACCCUAAUUCCACCUUGCCUAAAAACAUUAUAGUGCGUCUUGCAUCAGUUACAUUACGUGACAACGUUUUGGCUGCGUUCCGUACCGCCAAGGGUAUAAACACGACUCAACUAGCUCUUAGCGGCCCCUCGCAUAAAGUAUACCUAAACGAGCAUUUAACACUCAAAAAUAAGUUACUACUCAAACAAACUCGCGAGACCGCCUCGAAACACGGCUACAAGUACGUCUGGGUGAGGCAUGCAUCCAUCUUAAUGCGGAAAGAAGACACAUCUCCUGUACUCGCCAUACGAAUUUUUCGAUGCGAUAGGGAUUGCGCGGGCAGCGGGCGCGGCAUCGGUGGUGGCGUGCUCGUGGCCGUGUUGCGGGAACACCGCGCGGCCGCGCGCGCGCCGCUGCCCUCGCCGCCUGGCCGCCCCGCGCUCCCAUCGCUGAUGGUGCUGUGA